AUGGCGAAUCUAGCGGCAGCAGUUGUUGCUGCAGCGGGAAGGGAUCCGGCUGUUGAUCGUUCUCUGCGCUCUGUCUUUGUGGGAAACAUUCCAUAUGAAGCUACAGAGGAGCAACUAAAGGACAUCUUUUCAGAAGUCGGGCUGGUUGUCAGUUUCAGGUUGGUGUAUGACAGAGAAACGGGGAAACCUAAGGGCUAUGGCUUCUGCGAGUACCAGGACCAAGAGACGGCCCUUAGUGCCAUGCGGAACUUGAACGGGCGAGAGUUCAGCGGAAGAGCCCUGCGGGUGGACAAUGCUGCCAGCGAGAAGAACAAGGAAGAGUUGAAGAGUUUGGGCACAGGUGCUCCUGUCAUUGAGUCCCCAUAUGGAGACAGCUGUCAGCCUGAAGAGGCUCCAGAGUCCAUCAGCCGUGCAGUGGCCAGCCUGCCUCCGGAACAGAUGUUUGAACUCAUGAAGCAGAUGAAACUGUGUGUACAGAACAGCCCCCAGGAGGCCAGGAACAUGCUGCUGCAGAACCCUCAGCUGGCCUACGCUCUGUUGCAAGCCCAGGUCGUCAUGAGGAUCGUCGACCCCGAAAUCGCCCUGAAAAUGCUCCACCGACAGACGACAGUCCAGCCACUCAUCCCCAGCAGUCAGGCCGGGGUUGUCCCAGUCCCCAGCCAGCCUCUAUCCCAGCCCAACAUCCCAGCCUCCCAGCCACAGACCAUGCCUGGCAUGCAUGUGAACGGAGCCCCCCAGAUGAUGCAGCCCCCUCAGAUGGUGGGCGGGGUGGCAGGACCGAUGCCAGGACAAGGGCCGAUGGGACCUGCAGUUGGAAUGCAGCCCCAGAUGGGCAUUCCCCAGGGAGGGCCUGUUCCCAUGGACAGAGGCCAAGGAAACCCUCAGCAUUCUCCUGUAGGAUCCUCAGGGCAGGCUGCUAUCGAACGGCCACAAGUACCCAUGGCAGACCCGCGGGCGCCCAUGCGCGGAGGUGUCCCUCCAGGGCCCUCUGUGGUGCCCCCCAGAGGCCUGCUGGGAGAUGGCCCCAACGACCCACGCGGCGGCACUCUGCUCUCAGUCACGGGGGAGGUGGUGGAGCCAAGCCGAGGCUUCAUGGGGGCUCCGCCGCACCAGGGCCCGCCCAUGCACAUGAGCCAUGUUGGGAGCGGGCCACCUCCUGACAUGCGGGGACCCCAUGACAUGAGGGGAGGCCCCAUGGUUGAGCCCAGAGGCAUGAUGGGAGAGCCCAGAGGACCCAUGAUGGAACAGAGAGGACCUCCCAUGGAAGCUAGAGCUCCCAUCCCCGGCGCUCGUGACCCCAGAGCGGUGGAGACCCGCAGUCUUGACGCCAGGGGUCCUGUGUCAACCCAGAGAGUUCCCAUGGCAACCGGAAUGCAGGGCCCAGGCCAGCACACUAUGCAGGCCCCUGGCCUCUCAGGUGUUCCCCAGACAGGAGGAGGAGGAGGCUUCAGCCCUGGACAAAGUCAGGUCACCUCUCAGGACCAUGAGAAAGCUGCCCUGAUCAUGCAGGUGCUGCAGCUGACCCCAGAACAGAUCGCCAUGCUGCCGCCGGAACAGAGGCAGAGCAUUCUCAUCCUGAAAGAGCAGAUCCAGAAAACGGCAGGGGCACCCUGAGAGCCGAAGGAGGACUGUUUGCUGUGGCCCUCCUGCGGUUGGCAUUUGCUUAGUGUUGUGUUGGCAGGGAAACGUGCGUACAUAUGAGGCAUAGUUUCUCACUUUUAAGAUGUGUUUUUAUAGCUGUCAUUUGUUUUUAAUUGUAUUUGGUUUCAUUUUGGAGGGGCUGGAUCAGGUGCUACGAGUGUCAGAAAGAUAGUGGGAAGAUGCCCCUCUUUGAAGAGCAACAGUGUAGGAGAGAACACCUUGUGAAGACCUGUUGACCCUGCAGUGUGGUUAUGGGGCAGGCUUAACCCCAGCGCUUGCUGCCUUACCUGUCGAAUUAGGUAUUGCACAGUCUUUCUGUAC